AUGAUCAGCCCAGUUCCAGCUGCCCGCUCUGUUGUGCGCGGCUUCACCGGCACACCUGCCGCUUCUGGAGACGAAGAUUCCGAUUACGGGACGCGCAGUACCCCAGCCCUGGGCUCUCGCCGGGGACGCGCCCGCAUCAACGACGUCGUCAGUGCCAACUGCAGCCCCGUUCUACGAGCGGUGCCUUCGCCCGGUGUGUCUGGCAUUGCGAAACUGCGCAUGCAAACGGACCACCUGAGCCUCGACAUCCCGUCGCGUUCCAGCUCCGCAACGCGCAACGGAGGCCCCUCCGAGAUUCCAUCCGGCAUCACCACUGAAAUGAACAGCCGAUCCCAGAGCCGAGACGGAGCUCCGAGUGAGGCCGGGAGCGAGAACUCGGAGUGUGGGUCAACCAGCUACGAAGUCAACCUGGAGAAUGAUUUUGUCAGCGAGAGUGUUUAUGAGCGCUGCGGUCUUGCGGCGGACGGCGGUCUGAAUCCGAAGCGGAAGAUGACGUCGGAAGAAUUCGAACCCCUUCGGUGCCUCGGAAAAGGAACCUACGGCACCGUCCUUCUGGUCAAGCAGCGGGCCACCGGGAGGUUGUACGCCCAGAAGCAGCUCAAGAAGGCGUCCCUCGUGGUGCACAAGAAGCUGAUUGAGCAAACCAAGACCGAACGUCAAAUCCUGGAAUCCGUCAACCGCCAUCCAUUCGUGGUCAAGUUGUACUACGCGUUUCAGGACCUCGAAAAGCUGUACUUGAUUCUGGAGUAUGGCCAAGGCGGAGAGCUCUUUACGCACCUCAACACUGAAAAGAUGUUUUCCGAGACGGUGGCCGCGUUCUACAUGGCAGAAAUGCUGCUGGCUAUUUCCCACCUGCACAACGACCUCGGCGUGGUAUAUCGCGACCUGAAACCGGAGAACUGCCUCUUGGACGCGGAUGGUCAUUUGCUGCUCACCGACUUUGGUCUGUCCAAAGUGUCCGUUUCCAAGAGCGAGGACAGCUGCAACUCGAUCCUCGGCACGGUGGAAUACAUGGCCCCCGAAGUCAUCCUGGGCAAGAAGUAUGGCAAGGCCGUUGACUGGUGGUCGUUUGGAGCCCUGGGGUACGACCUGAUGACGGGCAACCCACCGUUCCGCGGCGGCAACCAUGCCAAGAUCCAGGACAACAUUGUCAAGCAAAAGCUCGUGCUGCCCUACUUUCUCAGCCCGGAUGCCAAGGACCUGCUGACGCGUCUGCUGAGGAAGGAACCCCACAAGAGGCUCGGCUCAUGCAUGCCCAAAGACCUUCAGACGCUCAAGAAACACCGAUUCUUCCGCAAGAUUGACUGGCGGAAGCUGGAGGCUCGCGAGCUGGAGCCUCCUAUUCAGCCCAUGAUCACGGAUCCCGAGCUCGCAGAGAACUUUGCGCCAGAGUUUACGGAGCUGGCAUUCAGCCCCGUUCUGAGCACGAGGGACGCAUGGUCCAUGGCCGGCUCGAGCAAGGAUGAUGUGUUUGGUGGCUUCAGCUUUGUGGCGUCAACCAGUUUGCUCGAGGGUAGUAUGAUGUCCCUGGCCAAUCGAACCUGA